UGUGGUUUAUCUUGGCUACGCAGUAAAGUCAGACUUUCUAAGUCUGCAUUGCUUUGUCAAUUUGAAUUACCUAUCAGGAUAAAUGAGACCAAAGUUCCCAGCAUUUUUCUAAUCAAUAGUGAACAGAGCUAGAUUGACUUUGGAAGUGUCGUUCAAUGAUGCCUGAAUUGUGGGAUAUGUCAAUGGAUCCAAUUACUGGCGUAGGAGUGGUCUCAUCUCGAUAUCGGGCACCGACCAGUUAUGAAGUAAUUUCGCAAACGGCAGAUGGUUUGGACGCUGACCUCUGGAAGGACGGCUUAUUUAAAUCCAAGGUCACUAGAUAUCUCUGUUUUACGAGAUCAUUUUCUAAGGAGAAUAGCCAUUUAGGGAAUGUGCUUGUGGAUAUGAAGCUGAUCGAUUUAAAGGAUACUUUACCGGUGGGCUUUAUUCCUAUUCAGGAAACAGUGGACACACAAGAGCCAGCUUUCAGGAAAAGAAGGAUGUGCAUUAAAUUCAUUCCUCGUGACUCAACUGAAGCUGCCAUUUGUGAUGUAAAAAUUCUUGGCAAAUCUAAACAAGCUCCCCCUCAGUAUACCUUCAUUGGAGAAUUGAACAGCAUGGGAGUCUGGUACAGAAUGGGAAAGGUUCCUCGGACACAAGAGUUGUCAACGACAGCGACAACUACAGCCCUGACAUCCUCAUCUUCACCAGGUCCUGCUCCUAAUCUCCCCAGGCACAUAUCCCUGACGCUUCCUGCUACUUUCCGAACUAAGAUGCACGGCACCAGACCUGACUUUGAACAUCAGACCUCCAAUCUAUACGCCAUAUCAGCAAUGGAUGGUGUGCCUUUCACGAUUUCAGAAAAAUUCUCCAGUGCAGUUGAAGCUGUGCAACCAGUUGAUUUAAUGGGCAUAACAAUCAAAUCGUUGGCCGAAAUAGAAAGAGAAUACGAUUACAGCUUUAGGACAGAACAGAGUGCUGCAGCUCGUCUUCCACCAAGUCCCACUAAAUGUCAAGAAUCACCAUCGUCCUGAAGGUGGAUCUUAAUGGAGCUGUUGUAAACUAAGGGACAGUUAACUACAAACAGGCACCGUCAGAAGCAGUGUUGGAGAUUUUUCUUCCUUUACGUUCUACUGAAAUGGUAUUCUCAUACUAAUGGAAAGGACAGUAUUUCUAAUAACCAGCAGUCUACCUACAACUUAACAUAGGGUAAAAUCAUUUUGUACAUGGAGUUUUGUAAAUACAAUGUUUAAUGUAACCUUUUAAUUGCAAUUUUUUUCUGGCCUUGAAUAAGGUUAAUCGUUUUAACAAUUUUUAAACAAAGGCUGGAUUUUUUUUUUUGCUUUCUUGAGCCAUAGCUUAUUUCUGUUUCUCCUUUUUUUUGUCAAAAUUUUGCACACUUCAGAAAUGCUACUGGUAAUAAUCAUUUUCACAAACUAUGCACCAAUUCAGUUAUUAGAUGUUUAGCUAUUUGUUUUCAGACAUUUUGAGAUUAGAUGUAUUUUUUAAGUUAAGGAAAUAAAGUUUUGAAAUAUCCUGAUAUAACUGAUUUUUAUUUCCUACUUCUCAAGUCAGAUUUAUAUAGUCCCAAGGAGAAAUUAAUAUUUAAAAUGAAAAUUAGCAAAGCGGAAAUAACUUUUUUAUUCUGAUCAGAGGAUAGGGAACGAGAGGGUAUGAUGGACUCAGGAAAUCUUAAGACUUGCUGAGCUAUGCUUCUGCACGGACAUUCUCUCAUCUAGUUUUAAGUGGAUUACCCUUCUAAUCGGUGGUUGUUUUCUGCUAUUUCUCUCCCAGAAAAAUCACAGAUAUCAGUUUUUUGCUUGGAAAGUAUCAAGUUUUGGUGUCAGAGAGAUCUGAGCUCGACCAAACUUGAGGCGGUUUUUUGAUAUUUUGUCCCAAUUUUUUUAUCUUCCCAAUUUUGCUUGCUUAGAUCUAAUCAUGAGGAGUUUCUGUUGGGAUUCUCAGAUUUUCUACAGCAAAACCUUCCAGUCUGUUAGGCCUCUUGCUAUACGUUAAAGCUGUUUAUAAGAAACCAGUAUUAGUUAUGUCGCAGUGAAGGAACAAAAGUUAAAACUUCCUUAUUGGUUCCUUUAUUAACUAGGGCCACUGUGCUAUCCUAAUGCAAUAUUUGUUAAUGCAGUUUUUCUACAGUUGUGUAAGGUAUGAUUCUGUGGUUGUAAUCAGAGUGGAAGUGUAGGUUGCACUGAUUUGCUUUGCACUGCAUUUUUAAUGUUUGGGCUCUUUUUUAAUGUGGACUCCCUUUUGCUUUCUGAAACUCUUUUGUAUGGUUUUUAAUGUUUGUGAUUCUAAAUUAAUGCUGUCAAAAACCUUGAUUGUGUAACACUGUAAAGCCUUUGUUAAGUAGCUGCUUUUCUUUAAACACUGCCAUUAAUUUACCAGCCUUACCUCAAUAAACCCAACUGCUGCAACCUCCGUUUAGGCUUUAUGAUCCAUACUGGGAGGAAUCAACAUUCAAUAUUGUAUUUGCAACAGGUACAAUAAUUUAGUGCUUUAAUGAAUGGCAGCUGGUCAACAAAAACAACGUGUGCCACCAGGUUUAUACACUAUAUGUAUAGCAAUUAUGUAUAUAAAUUUUCCUUUAAAAUUUUUUCAUUUCCAGUGCGAAACAAAUGUUGCCUAAUGUCAGAUAGGGCUUGGGUAAUCAGAUUAAUAAUGCCAGUGUUUAGAAUUGCAAGUUUGUCAUUUGUCUGUUUAGUGUAGUACCUCAUAGCCUGUAGUGUAAAACAAGUGUUCUGACUUGUUGGCACUACUUGAAAUGAACAAAGUGCUUCAAAGACUUUGAACAACUGAUUUUCGAUCCUGCAUGAGCUGUGUGCUUAACCCUUUAGUCCAAGAAAGCGUGGUUAUAUUUUCUGUGUCUAUGCUGUAGAAAUAACGUAAAGCAUCCUGUCAUUUCUGCAUUUAAAAAAAAAAGAUACUAGGUAUUUGUCAUUUCUGUACUAAUAUUGGCUGCAUUUAAAUGUCUGGUGGAGCUCUGUGAACUUCAAGAUGAUACAAAGGCAGCCUGCUAUUAAAUGAUGAACCUUUUGUGCGGAACAAGGCUAAGAACAUUGACAGUAUGACUAACCGUUACCAUCUCAUUCAUUUAUAAUUUGCUCUGAAUAAUUAAAGCAUGGUUAACAUUGUACAUACAUGCUGCAGAAUUUCCACCCAAGUGUUAUCUUUUUUAAAAAGUUGAGAAACAUUUAACUUGGCCCAAGCCAUACAGUUGUAAUCGUUCAUUUUUAUUUUUGUGUUGGAGAUUUAAACCACUGUUCUUAAGAUGUUUAGAAAUAAAAUCUUCCUGUAUUUAUUGUAGACUUGCUUCCUGUAGUUACAAAGGGAGGUUUACAAUUUGGUUUAUUGAGUCUGUAUUAAUAAUGUGACUUGUUAAAUAAAAUAUCUGUUUUAACUGGC